AUGGGAAUACGGAGUGUGGUAAAGUGGCUUAAUCUAUCAAAGUGGAAAAAGACAAAAGAAAAAGGUUUACAUACGAGUUCACAUGAAGGAGAUUUCGUGGGUUGCGAUUCUGAUCCCUGUUACGUGACAGGAGUCAUUCAUGCGGGCAAUGACAGCGUUGGACCGUUGGCGCCCAUCACCGGCGUGUAUGAUUUUUCGUGGAUCGCCAAUGCAUCGAAACUGUCAGUCGCCGACCGUGUACUACUAGUCGACGUCGGCGGUGGCAGCGGCCGUGCGGCCCAGGCUAUCUGCGAGAGCACCGACCUGUCGCUGGCACGACGUAUGCUCGGGAACAAGGAGCCUGUCAUCUCGAAGGUUGACGAAUCGGGUACUCUUCCGGGAUGGACGCUCAUGCUGAUUGAAAUGCACAAGAGAACAUCUGAGCUACCUUGAAUGUAGGAGCAGGCAACAAGAGUAUGAAGCCAUUGACGUUGCUUGCUUGAGAUUUUCCCAACUAAGAUUACUUAGUGCCUUUGCCCCAACCUUAUCUGCUUAGCUUUGGGUUCAUAAACACGAUCAUCACAAC